UGGCCCCCGCCAAGAAGAUAAUCGCAACUCGGUCGGUUGGUCACGACUUUGGCGCGGGGGUGGUCGGAGGUCGGUCCUGAAGAGUUGCACCUUUGCUCUGCUGUUGCGAUUGACUGCAGCACCCGGCCUCAGCAGCAGCAGCAGCACUUUGGAAAAUUGAAAAGCCUCUUCAGUAGCGCAUUUGGGCUGCUUCCGUUCGCAGCUGCUUUGGACGGUGGCGGCGAAUCUCUUGGUGUGGCCUUUUCUGCCUUUUUUUGCGACGACCGGUUCCGUCCAUCCCUCGGGAGUGUGUGUAUGUGUGUUUGAACGACUUUUUGACGACCGUGGAAGGAGUCAGCGAUUUUUUUUCCACCUUUUAACCACCAUUUGCGUGCGUGGAACCAUUUUGCGCGGUUUCCCCUCAAACCACCUCACCCACCUCUAGUUGGAUUAGUCGCGGAACCUCGGAAGAAGAGUUGGCAGGGUCGUCCUCUCGUGCAACCACCAACCGGGCCAUCGAAAAGUCCAGCCGGCGGCCGCCCGUUCCCAUGAUGGUUCCCUUGGACCCCAUGGGACCGGCCGUGGUGAACGGUGGCGGGGGGCCCGGGGGUGGUGGCGGUCGCGGGGGCGGAAAUGACGUGCCGUUGGGCUCCGGUGGGGGCAUUAAUACCAUCAGUAUUGCAACAGUUGGCGCGAACGCAUCACUUCGGCGGAGGGCAGACGAUGACUACAGGAACACACUGAUGAGAACUACAACCGUGCGCAAGUAUGCUGAGGAGGACACCAACGGGGAAGCUUCAACAUGCGGCCGGAUCCUCAUCUUUCUGUCCUGGGUCCUGGUGGUGCUAACGAUGCCCUUCAGCCUGCUGGUGUGCUUCAAGGUCGUCCAGGAGUACGAGCGCGCCGUUAUAUUCCGUCUCGGUCGUUUGAUGCAGGGCGGUGCCAAAGGCCCCGGUAUAUUCUUCAUCCUGCCCUGCAUUGAUGCCUACGCACGUGUCGAUCUGCGUACCAGAACUUAUGACGUCCCACCGCAGGAAGUACUCACCAAGGACAGCGUGACGGUGUCGGUGGACGCCGUCGUGUACUACCGGGUUUCGAACGCGACCGUCUCGAUUGCGAACGUCGAAAAUGCCCACCACUCGACCCGGCUGCUGGCCCAGACCACGCUCCGGAACACGAUGGGAACGCGCCACCUGCACGAAAUCCUCAGUGAGCGGAUGACCAUCUCUGGCAGCAUGCAGCUGUCGCUGGACGAGGCCACCGAGGCGUGGGGCAUCAAGGUGGAGCGGGUUGAAAUCAAGGACGUCCGCCUGCCCGUCCAGCUGCAGCGUGCCAUGGCCGCCGAGGCGGAAGCCGCCCGUGAGGCCCGCGCGAAGGUGAUCGCCGCCGAGGGUGAGCAGAAAGCGUCCCGGGCCCUCCGGGAGGCGUCGGAGGUAAUCGGCGACUCGCCGGCGGCCCUACAGCUGCGUUACCUCCAGACCCUGAACACCAUCUCGGCGGAGAAGAACUCCACCAUCGUGUUCCCGCUGCCAAUCGACAUUCUGACCUACUUUAUGAAAUCGAAGGAAACGUACGCGGCGUCCCACUCGUAAGUCGGGGGGACGUCCACGUCACCGGCGCCUCAGCCGCCACCACCACCGUCGAAGCCGUCCCAGCGAAGAACGCCCCCGUCUUUCUUUUCGCCGGGAUUUGACCCUGCGGCGGAGGCGGCGGCGGCGUCGGCGGCAGCAGCGGCGGCAGGAGCUGGUUUUGGCCAGCAGCGAAAGCGGCGAAAACUGCUAAUAACCUACGGAGGCAAAGGAAGGAAAAUGAUGACGACGACGACGGCGGCGAGGAAAA